CGUGCGCUAUUUCGUUUAUUAUUAUUUUUAUUUUAAAUAAGGUAGUAUGGAAAGUACACGAUUCUUCCUCGCUGAUUUACCAGCCCACACAACAGAGCAGGAUCUGCGGCAACUUUUUGACGAUUAUGGCUACGUGGAGCGUGUGGAACUCAAGUCAAAGAGCAACUUUGUGGACGCAGACCAAACGGUAGCGAAACUCAUUGCGUUUGUGACAUUACAAACUGAAGAUGCACAAUACUGUCUUAAUGAGCUCAACUGGCAGAAGCUGCAUGGCCAAAAGCUUAGGAUCUCCUUAGCCAAAGAAUCAUUCUUGGAUCGUCUAAAGCGUGAGCGUGAUGAAGGUAAACAAGAUGACCAGACGCAGGCUGACUCAGAGUUUAAUCAAAAUCAAUCCCGUUUAUUGGCGCAAAGUACACAAAAUAAGCGUCGCGUCUUUGGUGAAGAUGAAGAGCUCAAUGAUGAUGACAUUUCGCCAGAACUGCUAAUAACCAAAAAGCGCGCUGCUAACUCCAUACACAAUGGCAAGAUUGUCAUACAGCAGGAACACGAUGUGAAGCCAUUGCAUAUUAUCGAGCAUCACAGCAAGAAAACUGCUAAAUCGCAGCUUGACUCCAAGGCUCAAAUUGCUGAUAUGAAGCGUAAGGAGUCACUAAACAAAAUGAAGCAGCAACAUCAGCAGAAGAAAUCACUUAUACAAAACGCAUUAUCCUCCAUGGAUGGUGGUCAGGCUAAGAGAAUAAAGUUUAGUGAUGCCGAGGAGGAUGACGAGCCAAAUGCACAGCAAACUAAAAAGCAGAAACAGAAGCAAACAAAAAAGAAUCUGUUCGAUGAGGAGGAUGAAGAUGGUGAAGAGGAAGAGCAGAUUGUGCUACCAGAAUAUAGCGGUAAAAAGGGUGAACGUCUGGUGGAAAUGCAAAGCAAACAAAGUUUGGAUCCCAGAUUUCGUAUUACGGCUAAUUUUGUCGGCGAAGAAGAUGAUGAAGGUGCUGAUGAGCAGCAAGAGCAGGCUGCAGAGAAUGGUCAGGACAACGAGCGCAAUUGGCAGCUAGGCAUACUGGAGCAAGUGAUUGGUCGCAAAAUCGACACCACUCUUCCACAAGAUACCAAAGCAUCUAAAAACAAAAAAAUGUUACGCUUUGAUCCCGCCAAGGAGGAUCAUCAGAAAUUGGUGCGCCAAAAGAAAAGCAAGGAUGAAGAUGAUAAGCCGCUACUGAGCACAACAGCUGUCAAGGAGAAUGGAGCAGCUGCUGCAGCGCCAGUCUCACAGAAUGCUUUCUAUGUAGUCACAGAUACACUUAAGGAGUCGCUCAAGAAUCGUGGCGAGGGAUUUAGUCUGCUCGACAUGUUUGGCAGCAGUCACGACGAGACGCUGGCCGAGCGUGAAAGCCAAUUACAGAAGCUAAGCAAUGAAAAGAUUCUAGUUAACAAAUCUAACAAACUUGGCCUGGGCACUGUGAAUCCCUUCAGCUACGAUUCAUCAGAUAGCGAAGAUGAUGAGACCAAUAACGCCAAGCAGCCAGAAGCCGAAGAAAACAAGGCGCCAGCUGACAAAAAGGACAAGCCCAAUAAAAAGAAACCUAAAAUCUACAUGGAAUCAUUCUUUAUACCCAAGAACGAUGCAAGACUUAAGGAAGGUGCCAAGUUCUUUAAGUCCAGCAAAGCUGAAGUCGAUAGUGAGAGUUAUGAUGUUGUGAAGAAGCGCCUCAAAUUCUUGAUCACUAAAAAAAUUGCAAAGACACUUAAAAAUGCACCAGGGAAAAUCGUUAAGAAACAAAAUAGUGCGAAAAACAAAAAUAAAAACAAAAAAUAA